AGUUGUCUUGUUGGCGAAAGGGUAUCCACUCUCACGAAAUAAAAUUUCCACGUACACCGAACAGUUUACUUCCUUUUCCGGUGUGGACCACUAACGAAAGUGGAAAUAUGAAGACUCUUCUAACAACACAGACUAUUGAGGUUCCUGAUGGAGUUGAAGUUAAAGUUCGCUCCAGAAAGGUAAUGGUGAAAGGCCCAAGAGGCUCCCUGUCCAGAACAUUCAAGCAUUUGGCAGUAGAUAUCCAGAUGGAUGGCAAAAAGAAAAUCAAGGUCAUCAAGUGGUUCGGCAAGCGCAAGGAACUUGCUGCUGUCAACACAGUCUGCAGUCACAUUGAGAACAUGUUCAAGGGUGUUACUAAGGGCUUUUUGUACAAGAUGAGAUCUGUUUACGCCCAUUUCCCCAUCAACGUUUCUGUCAGUGAAGACAAAAAGGCUGUGUCCAUUAGAAACUUCUUGGGAGAGAAGUACACAAGACAUGUAAGCAUGUUGGAGGGUGUAGCCAUAAAUGCUGCCCCAGGAUUGAAGGACGAGUUCCACUUGACAGGAAAUGACAUCGAAUUGGUGUCAAGAUCAGCUGCUCUUAUUCAACAGUCCACAACAGUAAAAAACAAGGAUAUCCGAAAGUUUUUGGACGGCAUCUAUGUUUCAGAGAAGACUACGGUUGUUCAGGAAGAUUAAAUGAGGACUUUGUUGUAUAGAGGAAAAAUAAAGAGAAAAAUCGCA